ACACAUUUUUACAGGUGGUUGAUCGAAAAAUAUAUGCCAAAGCCAGGCUUCUCACGCUAUCAAGUGAAUAUCGGCAUAAAAACAUACAUUAAUUGCCGUAUGAAAUGCCUUCGUCGAGAACCCAAGGAUGACUUUUUAUGGAAAUGAAUUAAAUUUCAUACCCAAACAGAAAACAUCCCUGUUUUUAUAGUGGAUUGCUCCACAGGAAGGGGAAAGGUCAAAUCCUCAGUUAGCCGUCAGACAUCAACAAAAUAUGGCUGAGGAGCUGGCGCAUAGGAUCCUCUCCGAUCUCUCCACGGCUUUCCAGCGACACCCAAACAUAGAUGAGGUGGGGUUCAUCUGUUGCCCCACCUGCCAGCACAACCGGAGCCCAGUGGUGGUGGAAAAUAACAAACUGGGGAUAGAAACCUGGUGUCUGGAGCUGAUCUUCCCAUAUGCACAUGACAAGGUGCUCAGAGCGAGGAGCAGGGAUGAUAGUGGAAGGAAAAUAAAAGUUUCUAGAAGUGCCAGAAGCCUGCUGGAGGCGACGAGAGCUGUGCUCCUGGUUCAGGCCGACUGCCUCACUGCCUGGAACAUAAGGAAAGAGCUAGUUGAGGCAGAAGAUUUGAAGUGUAUUCAAGACCUGAAGUUUGCUGCACUGGUCCUCACCAAGCAUCCAAAGAGCUCCGAGACAUUUGCUCACAGGAGAUGGCUGCUCAAGCAAGUUGUACAGAAAACAUCAUCUACCUCCCCCCAACCCCAUCCCGUUGCCCCAGCUUCUCACACCAAUGGUCUGGUAGCUGGAGACCAGGCCUCCGGUGGUGCUACAGCAGCGCAGCCUCUCAGCGCUCAGCGUGGAACGAAGGCCGAACUGCCUUGUGACGAAAAGCUGCUGGAAGCAGAGCUCGCCGUGUGUCAGCGUAGUGCAGAAAGAUACCCCAGUAAUUACUAUGCCUGGACCCACAGAGCAUGGGUGGUGGAAAAUGUGGCCAGAUGUCACUAUAAGAUCCUGAUGAGAGAGCUGUCGGACACCAGACAUUGGAUCAGCCGCCACAUCUCUGACCACAGCGGGCUGCAGUACCGCCAGUUCCUCAUCACACAGCUGGGCACGCACUUCAGGUCAGCUGAUGCCCUCCAAGAUGAGUUCCUCCCACUUCUGACUGCAGAGUUUGAACUUCUGACUGACCUGAUCACUGCCUUCCCAGGACACGAGGCCCUCUGGUAUCACAGGAGAUAUGUCUUCCAACAGUGGGAAACUGUCUUGUCCGUGUAUAAGUGCCCAAAGUCCGACAACAGUGCCAGCAGUAGGAACCUCACACACUUGCAUCAGGGUCGCUCUGACAUACCGGCUGAGUUUUCCCGGGACUGCGAAGACGGCAAACCGCACCACGCUACCGUGGUCCAGGGGAACAAGAAGGCUAAGGUCGACCCCGCGUACACUGAGCACCUCACGCUUCAGACCGAACUGGAGUUUUGUCGGAACGUCAUGGCAACGUGUCAGGAUGGAUGGCAAGUCCGACUGGCCGGGAGCUACCAACACUGGCUUCAGCAAAGGAUUCUGGGACGGGACAACAAUCCUCUGUAACUAAUGAUUUACCAGGGCUCGAAAUACUUUUUUCUGCAUACCUGCACUGGUGCAAGUAACAUUGAAAGUUACCUGCACCACUCUGAAUUUAGGAAGUAUGGAUC